AUGGCGUCUCGCGUUCGCGCGCGCGGCGCGCGCCAGGACGAAGCGCAGGACGCGCCGUCGUCGUCUGACGCCGCGCGCGGCGCGAGCGGUGCGUCGGCGCGUGCGAGCGACGACGACGGCGCGACAUCGGUCAAUGCCGAAUUGGAAACGUUCAUCGUCGCGCGCUACUUGCGCAGGCGCGGACGCGCGUUCGCGAGCGUCGCGAGUGAUUUCGAACGCACCGCACGCGCGAGCGGGGCGUUCCCGCGCAGGCUGGACGUGUUCGGUGAGGCGCACGAUGCGAGUUUCGAGGAUUUGGCGCGCGGCGCGUUCGCGAAUGUGCCGGAGGACGCAUUAGAGCGCGCGGUGGCGCGCGCGCGAGGAGCGACGCACGGACGAGUCGAUUUUAGAGAUGAAGGUGGUAGUGGUUCGGUGUGCGCGCGCGCCGAGGGGCAAAAGCGUUUGCGAGGGGCGUUAGUCAGGACUUUGAUGCGCGAGACGGCGGCGACGGGCGGUUGUCGGGUGGAGGCUUUGGCAGAGACGAAGACUGUCGCGAAGAAUAUGAAUUGUCUUCGCACGCUUCGCGCGCACAGAGAUGCAGCGUAUUGCGCGGUGCUGAGCGCGAGCGGAAGACGGUUGGUGACGGGUGGGGACGAUCGGUUGGUAAAAAUUUGGUGCGCGUACAACGGUUUGCUUCGCGCGGCGUGUCGAGGGCACGUCGGGGAGAUUACGUACGUAGCGAUCGAUUCGCGAGAGGAAAUCGUGGCUUCGUCGUCGACGGAUACAAGUAUUCGGACCUGGGACUUGGAAAGUGGCGCGCCCAUCGCCGUGCUUCUUGGCCACACGCGUUCGAUUACCGAGUUGCACUUUUGUCCAUCGGUGCCGCACGUGUUGUUGAGUACGGCAGACGACGGCACAGUUCGUUUAUGGAGCGCUCGACGAAGUUCGAACGACGUGAAACCAAUGGUGAUAGAUUUGAACGUGAACGGAGGGGCAAUCACCGGCGGUAGAGUGGUAGAACAUGGUGUCAUGCCUCUGGCAGCGAUGGCGAAUGAAGCAACGUCUCCGGGCAUGCGCACUCGCGGCGCGCAACUCAACGCAAUCGCGGAUGAGGCGAGCGCAGAGCGCGACGGCGAGGCGUGUCAAAUAGUCUGUGGUGCGUUCAACGACGUCGGUGAUACGUUUGCCGUCGGUACGAGUAUGUGCAAGGUGUUUAUGUGGAAGCUUGAUUUAGAACAGUUGCGCUCGUCUGGAGACUGUUCUCCUACGGAGAAUGCGGUGAAGAAGAUUUCCUUAUCUGGAUCGCAUUUGAACGAUGUGGUGUCGGUGCACUUCUCACACUCGGGUGACAUGCUGUUAUCCGCGUCCAAGGACGGGCAGGCGAGGAUAUGGGUGCCGAGUUCGAGCGCGUCUCUCCCUGGGCGCGCUCGCUUGUCUUGGGUGCUUCGAUCGACGUUGACGACGCCGGAAGACGCCGCUGCGUUGCGGGAACAGCAACGCAUCGGCGCUAUUACCUCACAGCAGUACUCGAGGCGCGCGCCAAAAGUACCAAACAUGCAUAUCGCCGUGUGGUCGACCGAUGACACGCGCGUCAUAGCUUCCAUGGGAGAUCAAAGUAUUCGCGUCUGGGACGUCGCGUCUGGUGAGUUGCGACACGCGAUGCGCGAACACACCGCCGCAACGUACGUUAUUCAAUCCAAUCCAUUAGAUCCUCGAUUGGUGAUGAGUGCGAGUUACGAUGGUAAAGCCGUGAUAUGGGAUAUUGUUGAAGGCGUCGCGCUUCGUGUCUUUGAUGGAUCUCAGUACCACACCAAACUCGUCGACGGCAAUUGGCAUCCAGACGGCACAUCCAUCAUCUGUUCUGAUUUAUCCGGUCAGUUCUCCGUCUUCGGCACUGGCGAUAGCGUGCGACUACUUCGUGCGAAGUACGAGCAGUUCUUGCAGACGGAGUUCGUGGGUGAUGACGCGCUCGGUCGAAGCGAGGGCGGGCAUUUGAUAGAGCUCGCCACCGGUGCGCUCCUUCACGAAGCGUACCCGAGAAACUUGCUUUGCGACGCCAUGGGUGAUCCGUAUCCCGACCCUUACCAGUCGGCGUUUCAAUCGGGGCAGGUUGCAGCGUGCUUGCCAUCAGCGGAUUCGGGGAUGCCGGAUGUCGUCGUGCAAGCCCCGACUUUAGCCGAACUAGCGCCGACAGACGUGCAAGGUCCGUGGACUGCUCAAGACGAAACGAUGCCGAUGCAAGAGAUCAUGUAUAGAAUGUCCGACGACGAGAACGAUGGAGUGAAUGAAGACAACAUAAGUGACGCCGACUUUGAAGAACCUGAUGAUGAAGACGAGUCCGACUACGAUACCGAUGCAGAACGUCGCGCACGCUCAGCACGCAGCCGAAAUCGCGCUGUGCGCUCGCGUCGGCGGCGGCGCGCGCGCCGUUUCGACUCGGAUGAGUCAGAAGAAUCAGAUGACUCAGAAGAUCGCGCGACUCGCAGAAGUGCUCGAGAGCAUCGCAAACCACAGCGUUUAGGCGUAGAUGCGUACGAAUCGACGAGUGAUGAAGAAGAAGACGCGCCGGCGAGAAUCACUCGCAGACGCCGCCGGGAGCUCGAAGAACUCGGGAUCGAUCCUGACGAGGUCAAGAGCGACGACGUUUCCGAGGAAGAGGAAGGUAAGAGACCUGCGAAACGAGUAAAAAAGUCAGUGACGUCUCGCCACGAUAUCCGUCUGUUAGAUGCGUACUCUUGGCUGUGCGCUGAGGAAGUUAUUGUCGGCAUGUACGUUCCGCAACUGGGAGAUGAGUUGGUGUACGUAGCCCAAGGCCACUACGAGCGCAUGCAAGCGACGGGAAAGAACUGGCGCGAUGAGGCACCGUGGCAAACGCUUACAUCGAUGCGGUUCGUCGAGCCUUGUACCGUUUCGUCAUUGCGUUACAUGAUAUCCGACGACGGCGCUUACGAAACGCGCUGUUUGCUCGAGUUGAAGCUCAUUGAUCCUGCUUGUGGUGAUUACGGAAAAGAGUUCCUUGUCGAACUCCAGAAAAGUGAUACACCAGACUUUCUUGUUCCGAUUUCACGUUAUCAAACGGCAGAGCAACAUUCGUGGAAACGAGGCGACUAUUGCGCGGCCCUGUGGGACGACACUGGUCUCGGCGACAUGUCGCCGUGGUACGGGAUGGUUCACGACGCACAAAGCAAUGAAGGCAAAUGGACUGGGUCACCGUGGAACACGCUAUGCGUGCAGUAUUUGAACGUGCAGAAUGAAGACGAUAAGUUCAUGAAUCAUAGCUUUUGGGAGCUGUACAACGACGAGGCGAUGAAAAAGGAGCACGCGAAGUCGUUUUCAGACGCCUCAACAUCGCGUGGGCCGCAAAAGGCCAAAUUUGCGAACGUCGAUGAGAACUAUCCAUCGCUCAGUGCAAGCGUGACGAAAGAUUUGGUCGCUCGAGUGCAGAGAAUCAUUCGAAACUCGAGAUUUGCGGCUUUCGUCGAAGCCAUCGGCCCGAACGAACGCUUCGCUCGAGCAGACGGCGCAAUGACGAAUUAUUGCUCUGUCGUCCCAGCGCCCAUGAGCUUGAAGCUCGUCAUGCAACGAUUAAAAAGUGCGUACUAUCGGCAGAUUGGUGGAUUUCGUUCCGAUAUCGAGCUCAUUCGUAUCAACGCCCAAAUAUUCCACGGCGAAGAAAGCGCAUUCGCGAAGUGUGCCGAGGAGCUUGAGGACGAUUUACUUGAUAAUUUGCCCACCGAUGAACGCGAUGUGGACGCCGACGAGAUCAUCACACGCAUGACUCCGUAUCCGCGCAUCAUUUCAGCGCAACAGCCAGUUGCCGCGAGCGGAGGUUUGCGAGUCCGAAUGCGACGUUCGACGCGCCAGUAG